UAUACUUUAUCUCAUAUAUAAUACAGGGUUGUAUCACAGAAUAAUUCUAUAAUAUAUUCUAUGAUAUGUUUAUGCACUCGAUGGCACAUGGCGUCCUAUCAGCGAUCCCCUAUCUAAGUCUGUCCAUUAUUUACACGUGUAUACUAGAAUAUUGUAAAUUUGUAAGCAUAGAGAUUGUAAGUAACAUUAUUGAUAGGACUGCGAUUAUUGACAAUUAUUGUCAUUUGCUUAAUAUUUCUAUACUAUUGUUUAUACUAUUAUAGUUUUUACUUUUUUAAAGUAAGUUUAAAAAUUUAAACAUCCAGUGUAUGAUAACUCAGUAAUAAUGUGUAAAUGAACAAUGUAAUAACUAAAUACAAUUUUUGUCAAUUCAUGUUCUAUCAUCGAAAUAUUGCAGUAAAAAUAUCUAAUACCGUUAAUAAUUGUAUCAACAGUCAACUAAUGAGUAUUGACUACCUAUCGAGAUCACAAGUUGAAGUACUUCAAGGCCCAAUUCUUUUACAAAAAUAUUAUAUUAUAUUUCUUUGAUUUUAUGAGAACUAGAAAAAAUGAAUAAGCACUGUGCUCCAUCCCAACACAGUUCCGAAAAUAAGCUUGUCAAUACUAAAAAAAGACAUUUAAAACCUGAAGAAUAUUGCAGACCUAAAAAAUUUAAAUCAAAAGAAAUUUGUUAUGGACCAGAUGUUGAUAUUGUUGCAUUAUUCAAGUUAGAAUUGCAAAGAAUUUUAAUUAAUUCUAAUAUUUUAAAUACAACUAUAACAGAUAUCUUACCUUAUGGAUCAAGAAUUUCAGGUCUUAACAUUUCUAAUAGCGAUGUUGACAUUAAUAUAAACUAUGUUUCAAAAGCACCACCCAAAACAGUGAUUAAAUCGUUUGCUAAUAAACUUCGUCAAAGUCAAGUAUUUAUUAAGGUAUUCGCUUUAAUUCAUGCUAAAAUACCUAUCAUAAAAUGUACUCAUCAAAAUACCGGUAUUGAUUGUGAUUUAUCAUUUAAUAAUGUCAGUGCAGUUCACAAUUCUCAUCUUAUUAAUCAAAUUUUAAGUAUGGACUAUCGUAUCAAACCAGUUUUAAUGAAAUUAAAGAUGUGGGCUAUAAAUAUUGGCCUUAUUAGUACUAACGGAUUUUCUAGUUACUCUUUCUAUUGGCUAGGAUUAUUUAUUAUGCAAAUCAUGGGAAUAUUGCCAUCUAUUCAUGAUUUACAAAAAUCUGUUCCUGAAGUUCUAGUAAGUCAAUGGAAUUGUGCAUUUUCAAAAAAUCCACAAGAAUAUAUUACUAACAAACAAGAAACUCUAAGUGAGGGUGACAUAUUACAUUUUUUCUAUAAAUAUUAUUCAAAUUUUAAUUUUGAUAAAUUUGUAAUAAGUCCAUAUACCGGUUGUCCACUACUCAAAAAAGAUUUUGAAAAUGUAGAACAACUUCCAGAUAAACUAUGGAGGUAUAAACAGUUUUAUGAAGAAAAUAAGGAAUGCCAAAAGUUAUUAUUUUUGGGUACUUGUGAAUUUAAAAUGUACACUCAAGAUCCAUUUCAACAUAAUGUAAAUAUUACAGCAAGAGUGACUCCAAAAAUAUUCGAAAAAUUUAUUUAUGCUUGUAAAGAACUAAAACCUUAACAGAAAUUAAAAAACAACCUAAGCUUAAGUUUGACCUUUACAUUGAUCAAACAACCAUACUGUGUUUAUAUUGUUUUAUUUAUAGGUAUUUUAUGUUAAUUGAAAUAAUUUUCACUCUGUUAGACAAAUAUUUUUUA